GUCACAGUCACUGACUACGGCGGCGACGCGGCGACGGCGGCAACAGGUCUGCUAGCCGGGCAUCACGAGCCGCGAACCAGCCAGCCAGCCAGCCGCUCACUGCAAUAAAUCACCCUUCCUCUACCUUCCCACAAUCAUCCAACACGACAAAUGAACGCCGACGCCGACGCAGCGGCGCAGCACGCGGCCGAAGAGGCGAAAAAGGAGCGCGCAAAGCGUGGCUACCGCGCAUGCCUGCACUGCCGGAGUCGCAAGGCCAAGUGUGACCUGGGGGACAUUGACGCGCCGUCCUCCCCGCCGUGCAGCCGGUGCCGGCGCGAAUCGCGCGAGUGCGUGUUCGCGCCGUCCCGCCGAGGGGGCAACAACGCGAAGAAGCGGCGCGAUGCCGAGGCCGCAGCUGGCAACGGCGGCGGCAGCAGCGGCGGAGGCGGAGGCGGCUCGCUCGGCCUGACGACUGGCGCGCCGCUGCCCCCGCCCCACCGCGCACCGCCAUCAGCGUACCCGCCCAACGUGGACGUGCUCAACCCGUCCCCAAAGACAGAGGUGUACCUGUUCAACCACCCGAGCGUGAGCUCGACCGACAUGAGCCCCGGGACGGACCCGAGCCCGAUCGCGAUGCUGUCCGACGCCGGGCGGGACAGCAUCAGCGGGCACUCGAUGCGGCACGAGCGCGAGCGCGAGCGGCCGCGCUCGCCCGACACGAAGCGCCGCCGACUGCAUCUCGGCCCCAGCCUGCAGACGACGGACCCGAGCUCUAUCGUCGUGGCGGACAUGCAGAACGAGAGCGACGCGCUGCACAUCCUCGCGCUGGCUAGCGCCGGCCGGCCGUCCUCGGAGGGAAGCAAGUCCCCCCGCCAGGCGGCCGCGCGCGCGCCCGUACGACGCAGGUUCGAGAGCCCGGCGAGGAUUGAGGACUUUGCGUUGAUCCGCCUCGGCAUUGUCGACGAGGAGACGGUCACAAGGCUCACGAAUGUCUUCUUCCGGUUCCACCACCACUUCUUUCCCAUGGUCCCCGCUGCCAUGAUCCCCCGCACGCCCGAGCAGCUCGCCGAGCUGGCGGUAUCCGAGCGCUACCUCGUCUCGGCGAUGAUCAUCAUCGCGAGCAGAAACGACCGCGCGCCGGGCAUGCGGACGGUGCACGAGCGCGCGUGGGGGGUGAUGCGCGGCUGGAUCUCGGACAUUGCGUGCCUCGGUGCGCCGCCGACGGUCGGGUUCGUCGAGGCGCUCUUGCUGCUCGCGGAGAACUUGCCCCGCGACCCGCCGUACCCUGGCUCUGGGGACCCAGUGCACGCGCAGGGCUUCGGCGAGGAGGUGCACGGCAGCGAGAACCGCCAGGCGUGGAUGCUGAUCGGGACGGCUAUCCGCGCUGCGUACAUGCUCGGCCUGGACAAGCUCGCGCUCAAGCUCCUCAACGAGACGGAACGCACGUUCGAGGUCGAGCGCGCACGCCUCGCAUACACGUACUGCUACCUCUUUGACCGGCACGUGUCCCUCCGCCUAGGCAAGGCAUUCUGGUCGCGUGGGCCCAACCUCUGCUUCCAGGGCUUCAGCGCGUCGGCGCAGACUGGCCCCGCGGCCGCGCCGGGCAACUUUCCGUUCCUGCGCGAAAUUGCUGGCUCCUCCCCAGCGGGCGAGUACCAGCAGGAGGACCUCGCGUCGCUCAUCCAGACCUACCUCGAGCUCACGCAGCUCAUGAGCAACGCCCACGACGUGCUGUACCCCAACCCUGCGCGCACGCGGUCGCUCGUCGUCUAUGGCGAGUACUUCAAGUACAUUGACGAGCUGGCGCGCAGCCUCGACGGCUUCAAGAUCCUGUGGCGCGACAAGAAGUGGAAGCUCUUCCCGCUGACGGAUGCCGUCUGGGCAAUGUUCUACUACACCCAGCUGUACAUCUGCGCGUUCAGCUUCCAGGCGCAUGUGGAGCGCGCGUCGAUUCGCGCGGAGGAAGAGUACAACAAUGACACGACGCACGACGGACCUCGGCCUCCGCUGUCGCUGUUCCCCCGUGGGGCCGCUGCGUCCCCGGACGCACGGUACAUCUUCCAGUCGAUCGACGCGGCGCGGCAGCUGCUACAUAUCUGCGUCGACAGACUCCACCCCGGUGGAGCGCUGCCGUACCUCCCCAACCGCUUCCUCCUGUGGUUCACCUACGCGGCGAUUGUGCUUCUCAAGGCGCUCUACUCUGGUGCCAUGCUCCGCGCAGACCACGCUCCGGCGCACAAGCUGAUCGACCGGCUGUGCGAGUGCUUCGCGGAAGCCUCGCUCGACAAGGACCACCCGGCGGUGCGCUACGGCCUGCAGCUCCAGUCUCUGCGGCGCAAGCUCGCGGGCAUGUCCAACUCGGCACACUCGCCUACCGGGGGCAACACGGUGCCUCUCCCGCAGUCAGUCAAGACGCCGGUCGAGAAGACCCCCGGCGUCGACACGUCAGUGCCGUGGAUCGGCGACCCGCCGCCUUCCGACUCGUCAUGGUUCCCCUCUGCGCCGGCCGCCUCGGCGCCCAUCUCGUUCCCGUACUCGACGCCAGUGCCGGGCACGGCGCCAGCGGCGUAUGUCGCCCCACCGCAUCAGCAGCCGCUGUCCGAGGUCGUCAACCUGCACCCGCGCGACGUGACCGUCGACAACAACCUUGGCUUUGCCACACUGGACGACUGGUUCGGCAUGGCGGGCAACGGCGGCCAGAGUGAGAACCCCUUCGAGGCCCUCGAUCUCGCCGAUUUCUGGAUGAAGGUGGGGCCUGGCGAGGCCCAGGGCGGGUUCCCGUUCCGCUAGUAGCCAUGCUCGUGUAUCGUAAUGGUCGUGGUCGUUGUAUCUAUCUUUGUUUGGAAAUGCAGCUGGUUC